AUGGAUACAAUCAACGUUUUGAUCUCGUCCUUUGCUGGACUGUCGCUGCCUCGUACCCUGUCGCUUCCCGUGCCAGCCGACACAUCCAUCGCAGCCUUCACAUCACUUCUAUCCACCCACCUACCACCCCUCGCCGACAACCUUCUCCUCUCAACCACAACUCGUCGCAUCGACACCACAUCAACCUCCUCACUCAACUCUCUGCUCUCCGACAAUGACUCUCCGACAUUCCUUCCUCUCCACCUCAGUGUACGCCUGCUCGGUGGAAAAGGCGGUUUCGGUUCCCAGCUCCGCGCCGCAGGCGGUCGCAUGUCCUCGCGCAAGAACCGCAAUCGCAAUCCCGAACAAAUAAACGGCAGCAAUCGCAAUCUGGACGGUCGUCGUCUUCGCACAAUCACCGAAGCCAAGAACCUGGCCGAGUACCUGGCGCUGAAACCGGAAAUGGACAAGAAGGAAAAAGAAGAGAGAAGAAGACGCUGGGAAGCUGUUGUGGAAGCUGCAGAGAGGAAGGAGGAAGAGCUGAAGAAGGGCAAUAGGAACGCGAGGCUGGAUGGCGAAUGGGUUGAAGCGAAAGAGGAGGCAGAGCAAAAGACCAGGGUUGCUGUGUUGGCGGCUAUGAAGGCUGGCUUGAUUGAAGGAGACAAACCUGUGCUUGAAAGGACUGGCAGCGAAAGUUCGGUUGCCGAAGGUGAAGGCAGUGAUGCUCAGCCAGAGGCUUCAAGCUCUGCAUCCAGCGACAACAAUGAUGACGUGCAAGCAACCAAGCCUGUCGCGUCUACCACACGCACCUUCCACGGCUGGGACGACGAAGACGACGAAUUCAUGAGCAGCGACGAAGAGGACGAAGACGAACUCGAAGCUGCUCGAGCUGAAUACAAAGGCAAGGGGAAGGCCAAGGCAUGA